AUGACAGGCAAGAAGAAAGUGUUGAUCAUUGGGGCUGGUGCUGCCGGGAUGUCCUGCGCGUCUACUUUGGCCAACCACCCAGAUCUUUUUGAUGUGACGAUCAUUGACACUGAUUCUCACACGGGUGGUCAAGCAACUUCGAUUGCCCUGGAUGAGUCCCAACAUGGUGCCAGCUGGUUGAACGACGGUGUUCAGGGUGGCUCGGCGAUUUUUCGACAUACAUUUCGAUUUUUUCGAAGCUACGGUUACGAACCACAGCCGGUUAAGCUGCAGGUAUCCUUUGGUAAGGGACGCAACAACUUUUGGACCAACGUAUUCCCGAGCGCCUUGAUCGACCAUCACUCGCGGGAGAUCAAGAAGCUGGGCCAUGUCCUGGAAUUCAUCAAAUACUUGAUGCCCCUGCUUGGUAUCAUGCCAGUCAAGACAAUUCUCAAGCUAUUUCGCUUUAGUAAUGACUUCAGCAACAAAAUGGUCCUACCUUUACUGGCAUUAUUUCUCGGCACGGGGAACCAGACACCAAAUGUGUCGAGUGUACUACUCGAGCGUCUCUUCGAUGACCCGCAGAUGAGACUAUGGGAUUACGACUCUGAUACUCUUCUUCCCAAUCUUCCACUUAUGUAUACGUUUCCAAACCUGGGCAACUUUUAUGGCGAUUGGGCGGCAGACCUGCGCUUUAAAGGGAUUGACAUCCGCUUGAACACCUCGGUCGCAAUAUUGGAAAGGGGCAAGAAAGGCGUUGUGAUUCAAACAAAGUCAGAAAAUACUUCUUUCUCCUCGCAAGGAGAUAACCCGACCGAAAUAUUCGAUGAAUUGGUAUUUUGCUGCCCGGCUGACGAAGCAAAGAAGCUCUUGGAUCGCCACGCGACCUGGCGCGAAAAGUACGUUCUAGGAGGGGUGAAAUUUUUCAACGAUAUCACCAUCACCCAUUCUGACGCGAAUUAUUUUCAAUCUAUUUUUGAAGCCCAGUAUGAUCUGGCCCUGUGUGCACAGCCCUCGACCAAGAAACGAGAGGAUCAGAUUUCAUUUGCCGAGCAGCAGCCUGUUUGCCAAAAGGACGGGUGGCUGGGGUUCCGACCGAUGUAUUUUACUCACUCGUUUGUGUCGGACCCCGAUAAGAUUGAGAUGGGCUUUGACUGUACGAAUUACCAGCACCAGUUUCGUGAACGAUUGGGAGAAGGUCUCCCACCAUCACCCCUGGACAAGCAUAUCUUUCAGACCAUUUAUCUCAACGAUCAACAAAAGAAUCUGUGGACAUGGAAUGAGAUUGAGCCAUCCAAGAUUAUUGCGCGAAAAUGGUGGCAUCAGUUUGGUCACCGCUGGCAGCAUUAUCUACGAGUUGUGCCCGGUAUGAUGUUUAUCAACGGGCAUAAUCGGACUUUGUAUGCUGGUAGCUGGACCAUGGUGAAUAUGCAUGAAAUUGCCUGCAUUUCAGGAAUUGCGGCAGCCUACCAGCUAGGUGCCGCAUACGAGGCAUUUGAUGAUUUCGCGGAAGACUUUUUUUCCAAGUACUUACUUGUCUGCCAUGGUACGCGAUACAAGAGAGGAAAGGCAAAGCAAACAUAG